AUGGGCUCCAACAAACCCCGUGGAUUGCAAGCCGCGCGCAAGCUGCGCAACGACCGCCGCGAAAACCGCUGGGCGGACAAGGCCUACAAGAAGCGGGCCCUCGGUAACAUCUACAAGACCUCCCCCACUGGAGGUUCCUCCCACGCAAAAGGAAUCGUGCUCGAAAAGGUCGGCGUUGAGGCCAAGCAGCCUAACUCUGCCAUCCGCAAGUGCGUCCGUGUGCAGCUGAUCAAGAACGGCAAGAAGGUCACCGCUUUCGUGCCGAACGAUGGUUGCCUGAACUUCGUCGAUGAGAACGACGAAGUCCUCAUCUCCGGCUUCGGUCGCCGGGGUAAGGCCAAGGGUGAUAUUCCCGGUGUCCGUUUCAAGAUUGUCAAGGUGUCUGGUGUCGGUCUCUUGGCUCUCUGGAAGGAGAAGAAGGAGAAGCCCCGGUCAUAA